CAGCCGUUUGAGCAGGAUAUUGGGCCAAGCCAAGUCAGUUCGGGGUUCGAGGCGAGGAGUGUUGGCUGUGUCUGUGCAGUGCUACUCGCUCGAACUAGACCUCUAGUGUCAUGCAUGCAGGACCGACAGCCCCCCAGCGCCCCUUUGCUAGCUCAGGGACUGCUCCACGCAGCCGUCGGACUUGCAAGGUCCCCCAUGCUUGUUUGCAAGCCCCGACCUUCUAUGAUGGAGACCCAUGGAGGACAGAAAGUAACAGGCCUGAAAGGGACGACAAGUUGGUUAUGUAUUGGACUCUGGAUGCCAUGGCCACCACUAGUUCGCUUCAAGGAUCCCUGGAAAGAUGGGCAAGAUGUAGGUGUGUGCAGAUCCUCGCACAGCUUGCGGAGCCUCCUGUCCGCCGGCCAGGACACAGACCAAUAUCACAUGCAUCCAAGGACUUCUGGCUCCGGACUCGUACAUAUCUGUGCCUCGCGCCCUCAACCUCAACCACCACUUCUUGUCGCAUUCCCCCCCAACAACCAUCCCAACUGCCGUGGAGCACCUAGCGCCGAAGCCAUCUACUAUUAGGCAGGUUCUUCCCGUUCUGCAACAUUCCCACUCGUCGAGCAAGUCGAGCGAGCCAACAUGUCGGCCAUCGUGGAGUCUUUCACCUUGCUGUCCAUCGCGCUCUGCACAAUCGCCGUGCGGACUUGGUACCGAUGGUCUCAGGUCGGCUUCUCCGGCUUCCAGCUGGACGACUAUAUCAUGCCCGUCUCUGGCGUAGGUCACUCCCUGUCUCGCAGAACCCGGUCUUGCUCUCU